AUGGGAACUACUGAAAUAUUAAGGCAUGCUGGGGAUGGCGGUAGAGCUAUAACAAUAUUACGAAACACAUUUGGAGGAGGAGGGCGUGGGUUAAGUACAUAUGAUGAUCAAUUCUAUUCAUCAUCAGGAGGAGGAAUGAGUUUCAUUUCGAUUGGUGAAGCUAAAAAUGAAAGUGGAAUUCUUUUUGCCGGUGUUGGUGCUGGAUCUGGUGCUGGAACAUUUUUUAAUCGAUAUACAUAUGGUGGAUUUGGAGGAGGAGUUUCAGGAGGAGAUGGAUCACGUUGCAGUGGGUAUUAUAGUAAUUCACGAUGUGGAAAAGGUUGUAGUCAAACAAGCUCUGGAACAAAUUAUGCAAAUUCUAAUAAUAAUGGUGGUAAAUUUUAUGGAGGAAAUUGUGAAGCUUGGGGCCAUCAUGAGGCUUCAGGAGGUGGUUCUGGCUAUUAUGGUGGUGCUGGUGGAGAUUACUUUUCAGCUGGUGGUGGUGGAAGUUCUUUCAUAAAUGAUUCUUUUAUCAAGAAUGGAAUAAUCAUACCAGGUAACGAAUCAAUGCCUUCACCAUACUCAUUCCCAGAAAGAAUGAUCGGCAACCGAGGCCAUGGAUGCGUGAGAAUCACACCCAUUGUAAUUAAUAUAGAGAUAUUAACGCCAAAAAGAAGUUGUUAUUAUCCUGACACGAAUCUGACAUUAGAUCUUAUAUUAUUUACACAUAAUUUUAAUGAUGUAUACAACAUUUCUAGAACUGUUAACUCAUCUGGUCUACAAGAUUAUGAAUUAGUUCAAACACAUCAAGAUGAAAGCCAGAAUUAUAUGUUUAAUGACACGUUUAAAGUACCAAGUGAAAGAGGUUAUUAUCAAAUUUCUUAUUUCAUGUUUUCUGAAUCAGAACCAGUUUAUAAAAUCGAAGACUUUAUUUUAGUCAAUAAAGUCCCAGAGAUAUAUUUAAUACAAGAAAUGAAGAAAUAUUAUAAAAGAGGAGAGCGAAUCACAGUCGAACUCGAAGGAAUAAGUCUUGGAAACAUCACAUUUAAAUGCAAAUGUUACGAUAAAAUUAUAAAUUCAAGUUCAGAAAUGAUUUCGAAUGAUUCAUUUGUUACAGGUACAAUAGAAAUUGAUCUCAACAAUUUCCCUGUUAGUUCACAAAUUCAUUUUGAUUUUUAUGCAGUUGAUGAAUUUGGAAUAGAAUCUAAUAUUAUUCAACAAUAUGUUUUGAUUGUUGAAAGGAAUCCUCUAGAGAUAUCUAUCAAUCAAAACAUAUCAACAUAUUUCAAUUCAAAUCAGAAAGUUAUCAUCCAAGGACAAGUUAAUAAUGAUACAGAAUUUAAGAUGUAUUACUCACAAGACAAGAAGCAAUUUGAACAAAUAACAAGUUUUAAAUCUAAUAAUGAAUUUUCAAUUGAUCUUGGAAUUCGACAACCAGGAAUAUACAACAUCCUAUUAUAUUGUAUUGAUUCCAAUGGAUAUAGGUCAAACAUUAUUAAUCAUCAUUACAUUGUUUCAGCAAAUUCUUGUAUGAGAUCAAAUGAUGCUGAUUCAAAUACUUUCCAAGCAUGCAAUCAUAUUAGAAGAAGGCGUUAA